AUGGCCGCUCCAGACAUCAGGAUCUCCGUUGAUCGUGGGGGCACGUUCUGCGAUGUCUUGGUACAAGUACCUGAUCACGAGGAUCUAGUAUUCAAAUUACUUUCCGAAGAUCCGCAAAAUUAUCGUGAUGCUCCAACAGAAGCCAUUCGGAGAGCACUCGAGAUUAUUGAAAAGCGGCAAAUCCCCAUUGGAGAGAAGCUUGAUGGGUCCAGGAUAUCAUCCUGUCGCAUUGGUACCACUAUAGCAACAAAUGCGUUGCUGGAGGGGAAAGGCCGAGACUUCGCAUUCGUUGCCACCAAGGGGUUUAAAGAUGUUUGUGUGAUCGAUGACCAGACACGGCCGAAACUAUUUGACCUGAAUGUCAGAAAGCCGCCUGCCCUGCAUGCUACCUCGGCUGAGAUAGAUGAGCGUAUCACCAUUGAGGACUAUGAUCUCAAUCCAUUUCCUUUGAAUAAAUCGGCCGAGAUCAUAGAUCCUGCACUGGUAAAGACUCCCAGUGGGGAAGUCAUUCGCAUUUUGAAGGCACUCGAUCCUCACGACGUUCGCGAGGUUCUAGGCGGACUUCGGUCGGCUGGAUACACUUCUCUGGCUAUUUCACUUCUGCAUUCCUAUCUUCACACCGAUCAUGAAGAUCAGAUAGCUGAGAUUGCGAAAGAGAUGGGAUUUGAACAUAUCACCAAGGCAUCGGAAGUAAGCCCUGUUAUCAAGUAUCUUCAGCGGAGUAGCUCUGCUUGUUCAGAAGCAUAUCUUUAUCCCAUUGUGAAAGACUAUGUCAAUGCCUUUCAAUCUGGAUUCAGUCAUCUACCACGCUCUGUAGAGUUCAUGGGCUCAGAUGGAGGUCUGAGACAAGCAGCCAAAUUUCGAGGCAAUGAGGCUCUGCUUAGUGGACCUGCUGGAGGAGUUGUGGGUAUCGCACAAACAUGUUAUAAUCCCUCUGAAGGGACGCCUAUUCUGGGUUUUGACAUGGGUGGUACCAGCACAGAUGUCUGCCGGUAUGAUGGCAAGUAUGAUUAUCUGACUGAGACCACAGUCGGAGGUCGAAAGAUUACCGUACCGAUGCUCAACAUCGCAACCGUUGCAGCUGGAGGAGGUUCAAUGCUUUUCGCUCGUCAUGGCCUCUUUGUGGUUGGGCCGGAGAGUGCUGGAGCUCAUCCAGGACCUGCGUGUUAUCGGAAGGGAGGACCACUCACGGUUACAGAUGCAAAUUUAUUCUUGGGAAGACUGGUCAUGUCUUCCUUCCCGGCUAUCUUUGGCCCAGAGGCUAACCAGGGUCUGGAUUAUGAGAUCACAAGACAACGAUUUCAUGAAAUAACACGCGAGAUCAAUGGACAGACUGGCCAAAGUCUUACGCCAGAAGAAGUUGCUUCUGGCUUCCUUGAUGUUGCAAAUGAAACAAUGACUCGACCGAUGCGCAAUGCCACUGAGGUUCGAGGGUUUGCACCAAGCAGUCAUAACCUGGUUAGCUUCGGUGGAGCGGGUGGUCAGCACGCAUGUGCUAUUGCAAAUAAGCUUGGGAUAUCCAGAAUUCUCAUCCACAAGCAUUCCUCCUUACUAUCCGCUGUUGGGAUAUCCCAGGCAGAUCUGCAAGUUGAAAAGACCGCGCCAUUCACUGGGUUUUUCCAUCUGAAUAGGCUUGAAGAGAUAAGAACUCAAAUACAAGCACUCAAAGUUCAAGUCCAAGCUGAACUUCUUUCUCAGGGGGCAGAUACACUCACCACUGUCUUUGAGGAAUCUUUGAGUAUGAGAUACGCAGGCACCGACACCAACAUUGCCGUUCCCAAGCCCGAAGAUGAAGACUACGGAAAGUCCUUUGAGACCACUCAUUUGAGGGAAUUUGCCUUUCAACUCGACCGAAAAAUUCAUGUCGACUCAAUAAAGGUGCGAGGUAUAGGUCGAAGUGGUAUUUCCGCGGAGACCAAAUCUCCAUACUCUUUAUUGGAAGAUGUGAAGGGCCGUCAGCUAGAAUAUCUCCAAGAAACAAGUAACCAGUCUACCUUCAUCGACGGUAAAUGGCAAGAUAUAUCCGUCUUCAGGUUGGACUUCGUCGAGAGGCCCAGUCAGUUGCAAGGCCCAGCGCUGCUCAUCGAUGCUACCCAAACAAUCUUUGUCGAGCCCGGCUUCAAUGCAUAUCUUCUUCCAGAUCAUGCGGUGCUGGAAAAGGCAUUCGAUGUCUCUCAAGGUAGCGUUCCUUCCAUCUCUGAGAACAUCGACUCAAUACAAUUGUCCAUUUUGUCACAUCGAUUUAUGUCAAUCGCCGAGCAAAUGGGCCAUACGCUACAGCGUACAUCCAUUUCGACAAGUAUCAAAGAGCGCCUGGACUUUUCCUGUGCCAUUUUCUCGCGAGAUGGUAAAUUGGUCGCAAAUGCGCCACAUAUCCCUAUCCACCUGGGAAGCAUGCAAUACGCAAUCCAAUAUCAACAUCGCCUUUGGGAGGGCAAGCUCAAGCCCGGCGAUGUUCUUCUGAGCAAUCAUCCUGAGUGUGGUGGGACCCACCUUCCAGACUUGACAGUCAUCACUCCCGUCUUUUUGGAUGGAGAGCCCAGCGUAGCGUUCUAUGUUGCCGCUCGGGGCCAUCAUACAGAUAUCGGCGGCCUUGGAAUCACAUCAAUGAUGCCUGGUUCGAAAGAACUGUGGGAAGAGGGUUUCAAUGUUCGCUCAAUGAAAAUUGUCGACAGUGGAAAAUUCCUUGAGGACGAUGUGCGCAAAGCGUUUUUGGCAGCAGGAGAAUUCCCAGGCUGCAGUCCAACUCGUCGACUGGAUGAUAACAUAUCCGAUAUCAAAGCUCAAAUAUCAGCGAACCAACGUGGGAUCUUGUUGUUGCAAAACCUGUGCUCUCAAUUCGGCUUCGGCUUCGUAUCUCGUUAUAUGAACGCCAUUCAGAUGAAUUCCGAGGUGGCGGUCCGGGACUAUCUCAAAAGGGUUGCCCGAUCAAAGACCAUGCCUUUGGCUGCUAGUGAUAGCUUCGAUGAUGGGACUGUGAUCAAGGUCUCUAUUUCAAUCGACGAGUCCGGUGGCGCAGUCUUCGAUUUUGCAGGCACCGGCCCCCAGAUGUGGGGCAACUAUAACUGCCCGGUCUCAAUUAGCCAUUCUGCUGUGAUUUACAGUAUACGCUGUCUAGUUGAUGUCGAGAUACCUCUCAAUGAUGGAUGUCUCGCGCCGAUAGAUAUCGAGAUCCCUCACGGCUCCAUCCUGCGACCCAGUGCCUCUGUUGCAAUCUGCGGUAGUACGCUAGCAAGUCAACGAGUCAUCGACACAAUCUUGAAGGCAUUUGAAUGUUGUGCUGCAUUUUCCGGGUGUGCGAAUAGCUUUGGUUGGGGAAUGGGUGGGAAGAAUCCCCACACCGGUGCUAUUGAGCCUGGGUGGAGCUAUGGUGAAACAGUCGGAGGGGGAUGUGGUGCAGGGCCCAGUUGGCAUGGAGAGCAUGCUAUCCAAGCACAUUCAACCAACACAAAGAUUACUGAUGCCGAGGUUGUGGAGAAGCGGACGCCUGUCAUUAUCCGUAAACAUGCCAUUAAUCCUGGCACGGGUGGUAAUGGUCAAUACAGAGGCGGGAAUGGCGCAGUGCGUGAAGUUGAAGCUCGGGUCCCACUAAAAUUCAGCAUUCUUAGUGAUCGCCGUGUCUUCGCGCCGUAUGGCAUGAAUGGAGGUCGGUCUGGGCAGGUUGGAAAGAAUUAUGUAUACAAGUGGAACGAUGAUCGAACGAAACUUGAGAAGAUAUCGUUAGGUGGGAAAGCAGCGCUCUCUCUGGAAGCUGGGGAAAUCAUGCAGGUCAACAGUCCAGGUGGUGGAGGUUGGGGCUUAAAAUGA